GUGACGCACUUCCGGCUUUUGUGACGCUUUCCCUGGGUUCUGACGUCCGGGAGGCCUAGAUCUGUGCAGUGCUCCUGGUCCCCAAAGUCACAACGCCUUCUAUCCCAGCACCCCGGACGUCUCCGGGCGGGGACAGAGUUGGACGUGCACGGCUGUGUCCUGCAAGCCCCUCGCCACGACCGCCCUGGACGGAGUGGAAGCGGGUCCGUGCCCCCGUCCCUCGCGUCAGCCUCGGCGGUGGCAAGCGCUGUCCCUCAGCAGAGGCGUCCCUGGAUACAGGAUAGCAAAACCUGAUCUCAUAAAACCUAGGUCACAGAGGACAGCCCUGCAAAACAGACCCUAUUUGGAUCAAGUGAGCCAGUUCCUGGAACCUGAAUAAUGACUCCUGAAUCAAGGGAUACUACAGAUUUGUCUCCACGGGGUACCCAGGAGAUGGAAGGCAUCGUGAUAGUGAAGGUGGAGGAGGAAGAUGAAGAAGACCAUUUUCAAAAGCAAAGAAACAAAGUAGAGUCAUCGCCACAAGUUCUCAGUCGCUCUACAACUAUGAAUGAGAGAGCCUUAUUAUCAUCAUAUUUAGUUGCAUAUAGAGUGGCAAAAGAGAAAAUGGCUCACACAGCGGCUGAAAAAAUUAUCCUUCCAGCAUGUAUGGACAUGGUACGGACAAUUUUUGAUGACAAAUCAGCUGAUAAACUAAGAACUAUACCUCUUAGUGAUAAUACAAUAUCUCGUCGAAUCUGUACGAUUGCAAAACAUUUGGAAGCAAUGCUUAUUACACGGCUGCAGUCUGGUAUAGACUUUGCAGUCCAACUUGAUGAGAGCACUGAUAUUGCAAGUUGUCCCACACUCUUGGUCUAUGUCAGAUAUGUGUGGCAAGAUGAUUUCGUAGAGGAUCUCUUAUGUUGUUUAAAUUUAAAUUCACAUAUAACUGGAUUAGAUUUAUUUACUGAAUUAGAAAACUGCAUUGUUGGUCAGUAUAAAUUAAACUGGAAACAUUGUAAAGGAAUUUCAAGUGAUGGAGCAGCCAAUAUGACCGGAAAACACAGCAGACUUACUGAAAAAUUGUUAGAAGCAACCCACAACAAUGCUCUUUGGAAUCACUGUUUUAUUCAUCGAGAAGCUUUGGUAUCCAAAGAAAUUUCACCAAGUCUAAUGGAUGUAUUGAAAAAGGCAGUGAAAAUUGUUAAUUUUAUUAAAGGAAGCUCACUGAAUAGCCGACUUCUCGAAAUAUUUUGUUCAGAGAUUGGAGUUAACCAUACCCACUUAUUGUUUCAUACAGAAGUUCGUUGGCUUUCUCAAGGAAAGGUAUUGAGCAGAGUAUAUGAACUCAGGAAUGAGAUUUACAUUUUUCUCAUUGAAAAGCAAUCUCAUUUGGCAAAUAUUUUUGAAAACGACAUUUGGGUAACCAAAUUGGCAUAUUUAAGUGAUAUUUUUGGCAUUCUUAAUGAAUUAAACCUGAAAAUACAGGGGAAAAACAAUGAUAUAUUUCAGUAUCUUGAACAUAUUCUAGGAUUCCAAAAGACAUUAUUAUUUUGGCAAGCAAGACUUAAAAGUAACCGCCCUAGCUACUAUAUGUUUCCAACAUUAUUGCAACACAUCGAAGAGAACAUUAUUAACGAAGACUGCUUAAAAGAAAUAAAAUUAGAGAUAUUGUUGCAUCUCACUUCUUUGUCUCAAACUUUUAAUUAUUACUUUCCAGAAGAGAAAUUUGAAUCAUUAAAGGAAAAUAUUUGGAUGAAAGAUCCAUUUGCUUUUCAAAACCCAGCAUCAAUAGUUGAGUUAAACUUGGAGCCUGAAGAAAAGAAUGAAUUGCUGCAGCUCAGUUCAUCAUUCACACUAAAGAAUUAUUAUAAGACAUUAAGUUUAUCAGCAUUUUGGAUUAAGAUUAAAGAUGAAUUUCCACUGCUAAGUAGGAAGAGUAUAUCGGUGUUACUACCAUUCACAACUACUUAUUUGUGUGAACUAGGAUUUUCAAUCUUGACACGAUUAAAAACAAAGAAGAGAAAUAGGCUCAACAGUGCACCGGACAUGCGGGUAGCAUUAUCUUCAUGUGUUCCUGACUGGAAGGAACUUAUGAACAGACAAGCACACCCAUCACAUUAAAUAAAAUCCUUACAAAAUUCUGUGUUUAGCCGGGUGUGGUGGCUUACGCCUGUAAUCCCAGCAUUGGGAGACCAAGGUGGGCAGAUCGCUUGAGAUCGGGAGUUGAGAUCGGGAGUUCAAGACUACCCUGGCCAACAUGGUGAAACCCCAUCUCUACUAAAAAUACAAAACUUAGCCAGGUGUGGUGGUACAUGGCUGCAGUCCCUGUUACCUGGGUGCUUAAGGCAGGAGAAUCUCUUAAACCAGAGAUUGCAGUGAGCUGAGAUAAUUCCACUGCAUUCCAGCCUGGGCAACAGUGAGACUCCAUCUCAAAAACAAAAAAGUAUAUGUACUUUUAAAGGGAUUUUGCAGUAUAUUUUAUUUAAAUGUUAAUAAAAUUAUAUUUGCAAUUAGG